AUGUUCUCAGUGUCGUCAGGGCAAUUCCCAACUGCGCAUAUGAUAAAGGAAUGGGUCGACCAGAUGCAAAAAGACUUAAUCACGUUAACAGACAGUGGCAUGGAGAAUCUUGUAGAGAUAUACCAUGAUCACAAAACGCACUUCAGUCUGGAGCACAACAAUGCAACAGAGCUGGUGGCCAAAGCUGCAGGGGAAAUUGAGAAACUGCUCGCAAAACGCUCCGAAGCCCUAAGGAAACUGGUGAAACAAGCUGAAAGGCUUCAAAUGGAUCACAAAUGGAGUCUGGAAACCGAGGGUGACGAUAUUGUUUACUACAAUUCCAAAGAUGAUCUCAAUCAAACAGACAUGAAGAAUCGCUAUGUCCCUGAUGACUUCCACGUUGACCCCGACUUUAAGCGACUGGUCUCCUACAACACCACAGCCGUUCACAUCCCAACAGACAUAUACGAAGGCUCCACCAUCAUUUUAAAUGAGCUGAACUGGACUCAAGGUUUGGAAGAUGUAUUCCGGAAAAACAAAGAGGAGGAUCCAUCCUUACUCUGGCAGGUUUUUGGCUCCGCCACUGGAUUACUGAGAUAUUUUCCAGCAUCUCCGUGGAUUGACUUGGGCAACGCAGCCUCUAAGAUUGACCUUUACGAUGUGCGCAGGCGUCCAUGGUACAUCCAAGGAGCAUCCUCACCAAAGGACAUGCUCAUUCUGGUGGACGCGAGUGGCAGCGUGUCCGGUCUCACUCUGAAGCUGAUCCGACAGUCUGUCAACAGGAUGUUGGAGACACUCUCAGACGACGACUAUGUCAAUGUGAUCUAUUUCAAUGAGAAGGCCCAGGAUGCAGCGUGUUUCUCCAACCUGGUCCAAGCCAACGUGCGCAACAAGCGGAUCCUCAAAGACGCAGUGCAGGGCAUCGCAGCCAAGGGAAUCACCAACUACAAAGGAGGGUUUGAACUGGCCUUCCAGCAGCUCGCUCAGAUGAACAUCUCCAGAGCCCAUUGCAACAAAAUAAUUAUGCUUUUCACGGAUGGAGGAGAAGAGCGUGCUGAAGAGGUUUUUAAGGAGUAUAAUUCCAAACAAGCGGUUCGCAUCUUUACAUUUUCAGUUGGUCAACAUAACUAUGACAAGGGACCAGUCCAGUGGAUGGCGUGUGCUAACAAAGGAUACUACUAUGAAAUUCCCUCAAUAGGAGCAAUCAGACUAAACACCCAGGAGUACCUGGAUGUUCUCGGACGGCCCAUGGUUAAGGCAGACAAAAGGGCAAAGCAAGUUCAAUGGACCAACGUCUACCUGGAUGCGCUGGAGCUCGGCCUUGUCAUCACAGGGACCAUGCCUGUGUUCAACAAGACCAGCACAGGCUCAAAGAAAUCACAAAACCAGCUCAUCCUGGGAGUCGUGGCCGUUGACGUUUCCCUGGAGGAUAUCAAGCGCCUUACUCCUCGCUUUACUUUUGGACCUAAUGGUUACUACUUUGCUAUCGACCCAAAUGGUUAUGUGCUGCUUCACCCAAAUCUCCAGCCUCUGACUGCCAAGUUUGAUGAACCUGUGACUCUGGACUUUCUUGAUGCUGAGAUGGAAAAUGAAGUCAAAGUGGAGAUGAGAAAAAACAUGAUCGAUGGCAACAGAGGCAAAUACACAAUGACUACGUUCAUCAAAUCACAAGAUGAGCACUACAUGGAUGUCGGGAGGAGGACAUACACGUACCAUCCGGUGAAAUCUACAGAUUAUAGCCUAGCCCUGGUCCUCCCUGAGUACAGUAAGCACUACAUACGAGCUACAAUCGGAGACACCAUCACCCAAGCCAAAUUUUCCGAAAGCCUUCUUGCAGACAAGUUUGACGAAUACGGCUACACGUUUAUUGCACCAAGGGAAUACUGCAAGGACUUGAAGACCCCAGAGAAGGGCGGCAAUAACACAGAGUUUUUGAUGGAGUUUAACAGUUACAUUGAUACAAAGACUCCAAACAAUCCAAUGUGUAAUGUUGAAUUGGUGAACCGACUGCUUUUGGACGCUGGCAUCACUUCUGCUCUUGUUAAGAUUUGGAAAGAUACGCCAAUGCCGAAUGGAGUGACGGCCAGAUUUGUGGCCACUGACGGAGGCAUCACAAGAGUCUAUCCAAAAAAUGCUGGUCUUAGCUGGAAGGAGGAAGCAGAGACCUAUGAGUCUAGUUUCUAUAAGAGAAGUUUGGACAACGAUCUAUAUAUUUUUACUCCAACGCCUUACAUUGAUCGAGAAAAUUCAAGUGAUGACACUAUCCUUGUGAGCAGAGCAGUGGACCUUAAUCUUAAAAAUAUCACAGUCAAACCAGCUGUGGUUGGAGUGAAGUUGGACAUCUAUACCUGGAUGUCCACUUUCAUUAACACAACACAGAGACUUAACUGCAAUGAUGAGAUUUGUGGGUGCCAAAGAAACGAUGAGUACGUAGACUGCGUCAUUCUUGAUGAUGGGGGAUUCGUGGUGAUGUCUAACAGAGACACGUACACUGAUAAAAUUGGAAAAUUCUUUGGUGUUGUUGAUCCUAUCCUGAUGGUGAGCCUCGUGAACUCUUCGUUAUUCACCUCUAAGAAGACAUUCGACUAUCAGUCUCUUUGUGACCCAGUGAAGGAUACUAAAGCUGCUGCUGGCCUGCGCUCUGUCUAUGUGCCCACCAUUGCAGAUAUCCUGAGUGUUGGUUGGUGGGUGAGUGCUGCCGCUUGGUCAAUGCUGCAGCAGCUAUUAGUCAGCAUUACAUUGCCUUCCUAUCUAGAUGCGGCUGAAGCGGAGAUAACUAUCGGAUCCAUGCCUCAAAGAAGGGUGUAUCACAGAGCAAACGCAAGUAAAUGUUUUGACUCAUCCAACCUGUCACUUCAGAGGCAACAGUGGGACUUGAAAACUGCUCCAGCCGAAGGACCAAAUCCUUGUGAAAUUGCCAAGAAUCCUCGCUACAGGAAAGGCCCUGAAUUGUGCUUUGAUAAAAAUGAGAGCGAGAAGGACGCUGACUGUGGAGCGGCCUCCAGCCUGAGUCCCUCCUUGUGGCUCAUGGCGGCCGUGCAACUGGCGCUGCUCUGGGCUCUGAGCUCCAGGAGAGACACUGUCCCAUCGUGA